GGUGUAUAUCUCCUAGUAAUGACUUCUAACAUAACUCUACCUCUGUGACAUUUAGUCAGCAAAAGUGUAACGUGACCCUUGAAGGCAAUGGGGCUGCCGCAGAGUUCGUUUCUGUCGGACGGGGGAACUAAUAGUGGAUAUCAUGUCCACGGGGUUCAAGAGGAGUCACCUGCUCUGAAGGCUGGUCUGGAGCCCUUCUUUGACUUCAUUCUCUCAAUUGGAAACACCCGACUUAAUAAAGAAAGUGACUUGCUGAAAGACCUUCUAAAGGCCAAUGUGGAAAAAGCGGUCAAACUUGAAGUGUACAACACUAAAACCCAGCGGGUGAGGGAACUGGAGGUGACACCCAGUAACAUGUGGGGUGGUCAGGGGUUGCUGGGUGCUAGUGUUCGCUUCUGCAGCUUUGAAGGAGCCAGUGAGAACGUGUGGCAUGUCUUGGAUGUAGAAGCAAAUUCUCCCGCAGCACUCGCCGGCCUUAACGCACAUGAUGACUUUAUUGUCGGUGCUGACCAGGUGUUACAAGAUUCAGAGGACUUCUUCUCUUUGAUUGAAGCCAGUGAGGGGAAACCUUUGAAACUGCUGGUGUAUAACAUACAGACUGAGCAGUGCAGAGAGAUUGUGGUGACUCCCAACGGAGCAUGGGGAGGAGAGGGAAGCUUAGGCUGCGGCAUUGGCUAUGGCUACUUGCACAGGAUUCCAACUCGUCCAGUGCAGCUUAACAUCCAGAAUAAAAGUGUUCUUCACCCGACGGUCAGUAGCGGCGGUGAAGAACAAGUUGCAGUUGAACGCACUGAGGUGUCUUCUGUGGCUGAAUGUAGUCCACCUACUGAAACAGACUUGAAUCAAAUCGAAGGAGGUAUGCAGGAGCUGAGUGUGAGCUCACCCACACAGCAGGCUGCAGACCCAGAUAUUUCCAACACACCCGAAGUGAUGACUUCAGAUUUGUCAGAUGCCGUUUCCACUAAUGGCGAGGGCCACACCUCCAUGUUUGCUAAUUAUGGAGAUGACUCGGGCGAUCAGUGUAGCCUGGAUAAUUCAUCUGUUGACCAAAGACCUUCAUCUCCAGAGAGGGAAGAAAAACCAGACAUUCAGGAAUCUGAGCAGGGCUGUGAUGUAGAUCUGACCACCAACGCAUCUGCACAUGACAGUACUGGCCUUGAAGCUACCACAGAGAGCCUAAGUGUUACAAGUAACCCAGAGAUGCAAGAUCCUAGUUCAGAGCCUUCAAGCUCAGACCUCAUUACCAGAGAAUAAGUAACUGUCAAGCUAGUUUGCAUAACAAAAGAUGAAGAGCACAUCGUGUUACAGAAAAGCUUCCGUUAUGAUUGUAAGUUGUAUCACUGGAACUAUUUUUAGCUUCCCAGAAUUUUAUUUCUAUACCAGUGCCAUUGCUGCAUGCUAAAUUGCACAUUUAAGAAUGAUAUUAUUUUGACAGGUAAGACUAGAAAUACAGAUGGCUAAUGCAAUAUGAAUGUAUUCUAUAAUUUAGGCACACUAUAUGUUUAAACAUCAAACAAGAUGAAGAAUUAGCUAAGUCCAGAUGCUGCUGAAAACCUUCCUUGUUUUAAAAAAAAAAAAGAAAAGACAAAGGUUAAAAAAAUAAUAUUUAGUCUUGUUGCUCUUACCACCAUCACCUUAAAUAGUUUGAAACACUGUAGAUGAAGAAAGCUUGACCUGGAGUUCACACAUAUCCAUGUGGGUUUACUUUUUAGGUUUUGGAAUUGGGGUUUAUGUUUCUAUCUUCUCGUGGGUACGACGAUUUUUUAAUCUCAGGCUUUUACCAUUUUAGCCUUUAUGCCUUUAUGUCUCGUUUGAAAUCUUUUUUUAUAUGUAAGUUUGACUUUUGAUCGGUGGACAUGAGUGAGCUAUGUGUGAUGCGUAGUUGUUGUCUGUCUCGUCUCUUGAUAUCAGUUUUAAUUAAAUUAUGUUUCUGAUCUGUAUGGAAGGAUGGGAAAUAUACAGAUAUUUAUAAAAACAUGGUCAAGGUAAA